UCACUUCUCCGCUCCGGGACCACAGCAAGUGGGGUUUACAACGUGCAUCUGAACCCGGCUUUAGAGAUGGAAGUCUACUGUGACAUGCAGACUGCGGGGGGUGGGUGGACUGUGAUCCAGCGGCGGCAGGACGGGUCGGUUCCCUUUAACCGGACCUGGGAGGAGUACAGACAGGGCUUUGGGAACAAGAACGGGGAAUACUGGCUUGGGAACGACAUCAUUCACUUUCUGACAGAACAGAAAGACUACCGAUUGAGGAUUGACCUUGAGGACUUUGAAGGACAAAGACGCUUCGCAGAGUACAGCACCUUCAGAGUUGAUGAUCAGGAGCAGAACUACCGCCUAGAGGUGUCCGGUUACCAAGGCAACGCGGGGGACUCCAUGACCAUCAACAACGGGAUGAGUUUCUCCACCAUCGACAGGGAUCACGACGUGUUGCGGGGGAGCUGCUCGCAGCACCGCGGGAAGGCAGGCUGGUGGUUCCGGGCCUGCGGAUCGGCCCUGCUGAACGGCCGUUACCUAGGCAACUGCGGCAGUUCCUGUCUGCACAGCCAGGGGGUGCUGUGGGGACUCAUGACGCAAUCCCUGAAGUCGGUGUCCAUGAAGAUCAGACCACAGUCGCAAGCUUAGUGUACAUAAAACAACGAUCCUUUUCCUAUUUCUAUAUUGUAAAAGUUUCGAUGUCUUAAGUUUCCGGCCAAGCUUGUCAGAAAAGCUUGUAGUGAGGUCGAAUGGGAAGCACAUGUCAAUGAACAAAUUCCAGAAAACUUUUAAGCUUAACCGCCAUUUAUUGUGGCAAAGUAUCUAUCAUUAAUAAGCUCUAAGGCUGGUACUUGCACAUUGUCAAAGGCAAUGCAGUGCUAUUCCUGGUUUCUAGUUGGUUAUUCGUGAACUUAUUUUCGUGACAGUCUUUUAGUCGUAGAUCUUCU